AUGGCGCAAGAUUUCACAACCAAUUCCUGGCCGUUGGACUCCCAUGAAGGUCAGGUCGGAGCGAUAUACGAAAAGGAGCGUGUUUUCGUCACCACGCCCAACGCUGAAGUCAUUUUCGACCCUUUACGCGGCGUCUGUUCUGUUCAUCUCAGAAAGAAUAACCACUUUGGCCUCGAGGACCCACUCUAUUUCCCUCAGCCAUUCAGCCUUGCUCAUCCCCAUCUCGCCUUCAUUUCUCUUCCAUCCACCGAUCACGCCGGCAUUUUUUUCCUAUGCUGGUGUCUUCCAACCCACAAUGAUUUUGAAUGGGUCAAUCCUGAAGAUGAAUCUGGAUCCUCGACUGGGCUGGGUCGAUUCAAAAAGGACCUUCUUGUCAAACUUCAUGAUACUGUCUCCAGGCUCAACGAUCGUUUGGCCAGAAUGGACACUUCGCACUCCUGUCUGACCCAGGACAAGUACAUGAAGAACUACGAUUGCAGUCUUCCCUGGCUACUGGCCCAACUGAACUGUCCUUGUAGUUUUACUCGGGCUCUACGCACCUUCGGGUUGAUCCAGCGCAUCUGUCUGGAGCAUGAUGGCCAUGCCGAAUGGUUGGUCAACUAUGCACAUCGUUGGGAACAUUCGGGUAUAAUACAGACUGGACUUGAGCCCGCUCGCAUCGUCGGUGCCCUUGCAGGCAAUUUAGAGUUGACACAGCAUCUUUUUAACUUAGGUAUUCCGGUUUGGCUGGUGCGAGAGUUGAAAGAAAAAGGUCCCGACCUACGAGUUCUGAGGUGGAUAGAUACUCCUGAUGCGGUAGAGAGUCUCUCCCUUCGAAUGGGGGGUUUCCAGCUCUCCUUUGAAGAAAGUAAUCCACCAAACCCCGUCAUAUGGAUGGGCAAAAUCAGCAUUUCAAAUUUCGAUUGCUAUCAGAAAAUGUUGUUGGAACUUCGAAAAGCCGCGAUGGCUCAUCUUUACGAAGAGGAAACACCUGAAACAGAAGUCAAUGCGGAGGCCUCGUCAUCAUCGACGGCUCUACAAGCUUCGACUUCAUUGGCGACGGACAUCCAUGAGUAA